GCGAAGAAGAUCAAGGAAACAGCGGCAAAUCCCCGGAGGACUGUUGGGGGGUGGGGAGACUUUCUUGCCGUUAAGCUGUUCGCAUAAGGCGGCUCUAUCUUUUCAUUCCCGUCAAUCGUCCAGUCGCCCACGGUGCCUCAGAAUGUCGUCUGUCCUAUCCUUGGAGGAUCGGGCGCGAUCUACCCAAACCAAACAGACGAAGGUGUCGUCGGCGUCAGCGAGUUCCGGGUUCAACGGUCUGCAUCCCAGUGUCUAGUAAACUAUUGCAACGUCAACAGGUUACAGCUCAAGUGACGAGAUGCUUACCGAGGCGGGCCUCGAUCAUCCGAUGUUCAAAGAUAAGGUUUGGUUGCAUCAGCCUUGUUGGUCACGCAACUUUCAUUUCAGAUUAGUUCCGAUCAGUACAUUAUUGGCUACAGUAGUAAAGCCUCGCCGUGGAAUAUGGUCAGGUUGUGGUCUGCAAGUGCGGUCCGCGAGGCACAGCAUCGUCCGGGCAGUCUUUUGGCCUGGCGGUUUGUCGAUGUUGUUUGCGGGGGCGUCUUGGGCCUGUGUGGGGAAGCCCGAUUUGGCAAGGUCUGACACACGGCUGAGGAUGCGCCAACGGUUAAGCGAGUUUGACCCGAGGCCGGAACGGCCAUUGCCUUGCGGCAGGAGCCUGUCCUGGGACAUAUCCCUUGCGAUAGCAGCUUUGCAUUCUAACGCGCCACUGGAGAUUCACACUGCCCGGUACCGCCGGCGGCUCGAUCGACCGAAGGCUUCAUCGCCCGAUUCCUGGUGCCAGGGGCAGCCAACGCCGCACCCCGGCGAAGGAACACGGCCCGCGAAUGUCAUCAUCACCUGUGGGUGGCGGUUUAUGACCUAUGAAGAAGCUGUGCUGUGUGCCUUUGCGGCUGAGCGUAUCGGGACAACAUGCGCGGCGACACCUAUGGGAGAGCGCGAGGAGCCGCCGGCCUCACGGCGACCGCCACGCCGUCACCGUAAGUUGCGCCGGGUCUCUGGGGCCGGGUCCAGAAUGCGUGCAGAUGGGCUCCAUGGUGUCAAUCACGACAAUUGGGUAGAAACAAUGUCGUGUUUCAAUCGGAGACAUGUCAAACCAAACAAACGGCCCCGGGGAGUUGACGUUUGGGAUCUUGCAAGUUGCAAGCAAAUGGUGGAGGUGGAUAUUGAAGUGGAGCCCGGAAAGGAAACUUUAAGCAGCGGGCCCAGAUGUGGGGUAGCACAGAGCCGCAGACCUCGACUCUGCCAAUGAUGGGCGCUCUCGAAGCAGGGCUAGCCCCUGACGCUUGGCAGCCACCUUGUGUCAAACGUCAGACACAGACCUCCUUUGCGCAACCGAAUGGAAACA